AGCGACAAAGACUAUUUGAUCGUGUUGUUGCCCGGGAUUCACUCGGUGUUACACUGUAUUCAUUCCAGUGCGGAAAAAAUGUGAUUGUCUGUUGAUACACUGUAUCCACCUCCUAUUGAGAACCAGUUGUUAUAUUAGCUAAUACGUAAUUAUCGCUCUUACAUAGCUAAGAAGUGUUUUUAUUCCGUUCCUCGCGCUUGUUUUCGCCUCGGGACAUCUUGUUUUGCCUGUUAGCGAACAAGCAUCCCGUCUCGCCAUUCACAAUUUUACAGCAAACGUGGACAAGCUGUCCCAAUGAGUCUAACCAACCAUACUUGUGUGUCUUUUCUACAUUUUUCCCCCCUCUCUCUUUUUCGCUCGUAAAUGAAUGUGGAAAUGUGUUGACUCAGCGUCGUGCUGCGUCAUCAGAAAAAACAGCUUCCCCCUCUGGUUGUUAUGCCUGAGAUGAACCCUGAGUUAAUGCAGCAGCCAUAUGUAACGAGGGGUGCACUCACUGAAUACAGUAGGGCUGUGUGCACACGCUGGGGCAUCUUUUUUUUUAAUGUGUUUUCUAUGAGCAGCAGCUUGAGGAAGAGGGAGAGGAGGAGGAGGUGUAGCUUGGUCAUGACCAAAAAAUAGAAAUGUCCUUCUCUGGUGUCAUGUUCCACGUUGCCCUUUGAUUUACAGCCAGACAUAAAGGUUGUUCAGGAGGGAGACAAGGUGUUGGCCAACCUGUGGCAGCACUCUUCAGUUUCACUUGUGUAGUUUAGAAGGAAAUUAGGAAACUUGAGGCAGCCCUGUCAACACAGAAGUUCAUAUUACCAUCAUAAAAAGGCCAUGUGAGUUGAUGACACAGCUGAGGAAAUGGUGUAGAAAUGCUCCUUUCCUCUCACCACUGUCUCCUGUGUGUGAGUGUGACUCAUAGCUGCACAGGUAAUCCUCUCAAGCGAGAUCUUUAAUGAGAUCCUUCAGAGAUCUCCUUCAAGCUGCCUUCGAUCCCUGAUGUACGUUGAAGAAUAUUGAACUGAUCACGGACAAAAAAUGUCGCUUCCUUUGUUUCUGUGGAGGGAAACCUGCUCUGAUUUAUCUAAUCUGAGUUUGUGGCCGGCUCACAGGCAAAUGUGUGGUCGGUGUGGUGUUUCAUUUGUGAAAUCUGAAUGUUAAUCUGGUAUUGUAUUCAUACAUGCGUUUAUCACUUUGACCUCAAAUCAUGAGCUGUUGCUUUUUCCGCUUCAGAGUUUAUGACACAGGUUAUUUGUGUGUUUGUUUAAUCUCUGGAACUGAAGUAACUGAGCAAAUUAGUUUUUUGAAAUGCAAAGUACAGCUGUACAACCUCUAAAUUUUGAGUUGUUGCAUUUUUUCAUGAUAGUAAUUUUUGUUCCAUGUUGCUGGAAAUGCAGGAAGACUUUAGUUUUUAAUCCAAAGUUGGCAGCACCCCUCCCUCACAGACAUUUUUAAGCCCUGCAAAAGAAACUAAAUCGCUGGGUCAGCUGGGUCUCUGUGUACUGCAGUCCACCCCUGUGUUCAGACAGUUGCACUCCAGCACCUCCUUCCUCCUCCUCCUCCUCGUCAGACUACUACAGAGCUGAAGCGCCAUGGACAAGAGCCACACAGUGAAGCUCUUCGUGGGCAACCUGGCGUUGGACACCACCCAGGAGGAGCUGUCAGCCAUCUUCGAACCUUACGGCCAGGUGGUCAGCUGCAGCGUGCUGCGGCAGUUCGCCUUCGUCCACCUGCAGGGAGAGGGCGCCGCCGAGCGCGCCAUCCGGGAGCUCAAUGGACGGGAGUUUCGGGGCCGGAAUCUGGUGGUGGAGGAGUCGAGGGGGAGGCCUCUGCACUCCACCAAGGUGUUUGUGGGUAAUCUGAGUGGGAUGUGCACCACUGAAGAUCUGCAGCAGUUGUUCCAGACGUUUGGAAAAGUUUUAGAGUGUGACAAAGUGAAAGGCUAUGCCUUUGUUCACAUGGAAAACAAGGAAGACGCGCUCCAGGCCAUCGAGGCCCUGCACGGCACCUCGUUUAAGGGCCGCCCGCUGUCAGUAGAGCUGUCCAAGGUCCAGCCCAGCAAGCAGGCGCCUACAGGGAAAAUCCCCUGUGUUAACUGUGGAAAGCAGGGCCACUAUGCUGGAGAGUGCCCUGUGGGGAAGCCCUCUCUGGAGCAGUACCAGAGUCAGGCGGCGGUCUUGGCUGCUGCCGCCGCCGCAGCCGCAGGACUGCCUCUACAGGUCCAACAAAGUGUGCACAAUUCAGUCUACAACACCUCCACUUUCGAUCCCACGUACGCGGCUCUCACCGGGAUCACCACAGGCACACGCACUGAUGGCAAUCCAGUGAACCCAGCUGUUUAUGGUGCCCUUGCCAGUCAGGUGUACGGUGCCAAUGUUGCCAAUCAGCUUUAUGGUACAGUGGCCAAUCAGGCAGCUCUUACAUCAGGCGCCACCCAAGUGUACAGCUCGAUGACCCCCAACAUCUAUGGCCAGGUGGCUGCGACUCCAGCGGCGGCUGCCGCUGCUGCCGCCGCCGCUGCUGCCUACUCAACUCCAGUUUACACUCCGACUGUGGCCAACCCCCCCAUGUACCUGGCUGCUGCCCCUGGAUUAGAAAUGCCAACGGCAGCAGCUGCUGUAAACCCCGCCUACACUGUAGCUCCAGCGAUUUACGGUGCAGCCACACCAGCCUAUGCCCACAUAAGCGCCAUGGGAGCAGCGGACCCCACCACAGCUAUCUUUGAAGCAGCCAGGCAGGCGCAUUACUUUGCCCAAGGCCAGCAGGUUGUGGCCGAGCAGCAGACGGUGGCUGCUGCGGCGGCGGCAGCAGCAGCGGCAAAGUCGGGCGAGAGGGACCGCAGUCCCCUACGGAGGUCAGCGCCCUUACUGCCAGACCCUGUGAUGAAGCCGUUCAUGUACCAGAGAGCCAAGCCGCGCCGACCCCUGCUCCCAACGCCUGCUGGCCGAGCAGCAGAAGAGGCCGUCGAGGCUGCAGAGGACCCCAUGGCCAGGUACUAUGCGGAGUACUACCAGCAGCUGCAGCAGUACCCCCAAUUCCAGUACGCCUACCCGCCGCCGAGCACAGUGACAGCCAUCCCCGGCAUGCCGGCCGUGCCAACGGUCCCCGCGAUGUCAGCCCAGCCGGUCGCCACGCUGGACGCCCUCAGGCCAGUGGUCCCCACCGCUGCGGCAGUGGCAGCCGCCAUGGCUGCGCCCAGGGUGUAUGAGCCGCCGUUGCCGCCGCCCACGCGCAAGGAGGCCAUCCUCCGCCGCCCCGAACUCUCCCUUCACACGCCUGAGCCCCCCUUCCGAUAGUCGCACACAACUCUCUGCCCCCCACCCCCAUCCCUCCCUCUUUGCCCUGAACCCACCCACCCUUCCACAUCUCCUCCUUCAUCCCCAAACUUGACCACCUUACAGCAGCUGUAUGUGUGUGUGUAUGUGUGCGUGCGUCUGAGGGGCUCUAAGUGUGUGUGGGGGUAGGGUUUGAAACUGGGGGCUUCUUGGUUUAUUAACCUGCUUUUUGAGGGACUUGAUCAGCCAACCUUGGUCCUGUUUCGCAUGCACACAGCACAGCCUCGAAAGGGAGGCUCUCAUCUGUUGUAUGGGCAUUCUAUGUGCUUCUCAGUUUUACUUUUUUAUCGUGCCAGUCUCACACUUGUGCCAGUAUUAGACUGACCCAGUCGGUCGUUUCAUAUGCCUUUAUUUCCGCAACCCAGUUAUGAUUUUCUAAGGCCAAAUCUACAACAAAAGACAUUGGUUUUGAACCUAUCAGCCAUCCUCCUUAGGCCUAGAUGAUCAGUUAGGGCAGCUAAUUUUAAACCUUUUUUGCCUUAUUUUCAAGAGUUUAGAUUUGUAAUGUGAUCAGAUGGGAAGUCAGAUAAACACAUAUUGUGUACUGGCUGUACUGCAUUGUGUCUAACAGGACCAAGGUUGAUGGGUUUCCGUGGCGGGGGUGGGGUUGGGGUUGGGGGUUGUUUGUGUUGAAUGUGAUGUGGAUGUCUGAAUGAGUGAAAGACAGAGAGAUGUGCGGGCUCCUGACCUUGCAGCGCACAAACGCAGCAGCUAAGCCUGCGCCUUGCAGAGAGAAAAAAACAAAACAAACAAAAACGUAAAGCACACAUAAUACGUACUGUAAUGUAUGUUUGGAUCUUUACUCAACCCUUUUUCUGACUCCCCCUCCUCACCUUUUGCUCUAACUGCAACGCUGAAAGACACUGCUUCACCUCUCUUUCUCUUUCUAACUACAGCUGCCUACCUCUGACAGUAAAUUUCAGUGUACAGUCUAUUCUGUUCUGUUAUAUUCCACACUUCUCACCCAGUCAGCAGUUUAUUUCCUGCUCCUCCUUGUAAAAAGGCACAGGGUCAGCGGUUUAGGGAGGAGCGGGAUUCCAGCGACAAUGACUUUUGUAGAUAGUCCUCCUUCAUGUUCAGAGGCCUUUCUUUUUAAAAUAGUGUACGUGUUUUGUUUGUUUUUAGUGUAGUUUACAUGUAAAACGAGUCAAACUGGGAUGUAAUGAAUUGUAAAUGGAAAAAAAACCCAUGUGUGACUACUGAAUGAGCUGUUUACAAAGGAUCUUUACAUAGCAUCCUGUUAGGAAUCAUGAUAAUAUGUGACAAGCUCAAUUAUGUGCCUAUAAGCUUUGAGUGAAGUGCAUUUAGUGGAGGGAUCUCCCAUUUUAAGUGCUUUUGACAUUACUUUUUAAUCAUUUCAAGGGAGGGUAACAGGAGCCCUCUCCAGGAGCCUAGUAUCCAGAAGGCUGGAAGCUUUCUCGUGUACUCGUGUGUUACUUUUUGUUUCAUAUCAUAGGGUUUUGAAAAAGCCACAAAAUGAGCCUCGCGGGUUCACGAAUUAGCCUCUGGUUUUAAGCAGAAACAAUAGCACCAAUGAAGUGAGAGAUGGGGCAGUGUCUUCCGGUUGCCCCAGCUGUUCUCCUUUUUCCAAAUAGCAGACCUGCUUCAGAUUGUAAUUGCCAAAAAAAAAGCAUCUGUUUUAAUGCGGUUGUUGUAUCUGGUUCUACAAUCGCUUUUAACAAUCACUCUGAGUUUUUUUUUUUCUUUUUUUCUUGCAAUUACUGUUUGAUGCAGCGGUCUGAUGCACAUACAGAUAUACCCUCUGAAAUCACCUUACUGCCUCGCCCCCCCCUUCCCCCCUCCCUCCUCAACCCACCCACCCUCUCGCCCUGUGGUUUUUAGUGGUUCAGUGACUUUUGCAUUUCACAGUGUAAUCUUUCUGUGUCGUAUAUACGAACGCAUACCAGUUGCAUCCUUUGUAGAAUUAAUGUGGUUUGCGAAAUGUCUUGUUUGCCAUGUUUGAGACCGUAUUUUUUAGAGAAGUAUUUUAAUUUUGCCUUUUGUUUUUUUUAGGAAAAGACAAAAGAAAAGUUUAAAAAAAUCGGCAUGCUUUUUAUUGAGAAUAUGUAUACUAUAAACCUUAUUAUAAUAAAGAAUGUUUGGCUGACUAUUGUGGUAAAAGACAGCAAAAGGGUUUGGACAUUUCCCCUUCUUGUUUAUGUUGUUCUUCUCCACUAUCUGUUUCUCUUGUGUAAAAUGACCACCAGACCCAUUUGACUGGGGACCCAGGGGGAGACAGGUGUAGAUGCUGGCCCAGCUUUGCUCUCUUUGGUCAGGGUAAGUGCGGGUUAGUGCUCCUUUCUCUCUCCAGCCUCUCAAACUGUGUGCAAACCAGCAUUUAUACGAAAGGGGUUUGCACUUGAGCAAAUGCAUUUUUAGUAUCAUCAUCAGUAUUCAGGCAAGAAAAGGCUUCCUGUGGUCCUUUUUAAAUUGACUUUUAAUGCAGAAAAGGACACUCCACACACUGUGAAAUCAUGUUGAGAGCUGGGGAGAGGCACACAGAUAGAAUGGCCUGGGUGCAUUUUGAUCUGUGGAGCAGUCCUGUUCCUGGGGGUUGAUGGGUGUGCGUCUGGUCUGGUCUGGUCUCUCCCUGCUGCACCAAAUUCUCCCCCCUCCGUGUGUCUUUGUGUCCACUCUACUCUCAGACCUGCAUGUGUCAUAAUCUGUAACUCUGCCGCAAACAAAAAAAAAAAACAAAAAAAAAACAGCCCCUCGACAGUCCAGCUCUGAACUAA